AUCGACACUCGUACACACUCACGCGCCGCCACCACGUAUGCCUGCCUACCUGGCACAGUUGAACAGUUCACUCACACGACCACACGCUCGCGGUCUCGCGGCGUGAUCGCUGUUCCACUUGAUUACAUCGCAUCACCAAAUAUCGUUAACAAUGUUCUCCGUUCACCGGUGACUGUAUCCUCUAUCUCAAGUGAUCAGUGUGAACAAAUAUGCCGUACGUCAUGGUAAUGGGCAGCCUGAGCGCGCCUCACCUGUCAAAGGAUGAAGGCGCUACUGUGUACGGCUUGAACAGUGAAGAACGGGCGUCUUUAGUGCAAGAACUAAAUUCGUCGUUCGGCAUUCGAGUAGCUACGGCUUCUGAACAAGACAGAACAGUGAAAGUGACACAGAAGGGCCUCACACUAGUGGUGGUGAACCGAGUGCACGGCUUGCUGGGCUACGACGUGGUGUCUCACGCGAUGGCCAUGACCAAUGCGAACAGGGAGCUGGUUUCCUUCACCAUGUACAAGAAGUCCACCAACCACAGUCAUGGUCAUCACAGCCACGGCCAUGGACACAGCCACGGCAGCUCGCACAAAGGCCACAGCAAUGUCGUUACGCUGCUUUGACAGCCGGCGCCUUACGUAACAGGCCAACAUCGUGGCUCGAGUGCUGAUCACCGAGACAACAUUCCUAUUUCGUUAGCUAUAAGAAUAUAUUUUUUUAAAGGACUGUACUUCUAUAAAACUAUUUUAAGCGCAUGAUUUUUAUACUUACAAUGAAGUCGUUGUGAACCAGUAUUUUAUAAUGUAACAGGGUUUAUGAAAUAAAUUGAAUGUUAUUUGAAAUCGGAAUAAA